ACCGUUGUCGAACUCACAUGAGGAUGCUUUGAUCAAGUUAGCCGUGCUAGCUGGCAAACGAUGAUAAAACACAUAGAGUUGUGUCAAGUGUUGUAAUGUCGAACUCUUAAAGUGCAUCAUUUGGUUGUUUCAAGUUGUGUAGAUAUGGUUUGGAUUAGCAGAGUGUGUUGGCGUAAGUAUGGGAACUUUGUGGAUAACCUGCGACUGUAUGUGAGAGGUGGAAGUGGUGGAAUGGGAAUGCCCCGCUUGGGUGGGCAGGGUGGCACCGGAGGAGACGUGUGGGUGGUGGCCGAAAAACACCUAACUCUGAAACGCGUCAAAGACAGAUAUCCCAAGAAACGCUUCAUUGCUGGCGGGGGCUCCAACAGCAGUAUCCGUGCACUGAAAGGCGCAAAAGGGGAGGAUGUGGAAAUCUCUGUUCCAGUUGGCAUCCGUGUGACAACAGAUAAUGGUCAGGUCCUAGGGCAGCUGGACUACGAAGGGGACAAGGUUCUGGUGGCCCGGGGGGGGCACGGGGGAUCCCUGAACUCAAGGUUUUUACCCCGUAAAGGCCAGCUCCGCCAGAUCCGUCUGGACCUCCGACUCAUCGCAGACAUGGGGCUUGUGGGGUUCCCUAAUGCGGGCAAAUCCUCUUUGCUGACUGCUCUGUCUCAUGCCACACCUCAGAUCGCCAGCUACCCGUUCACCACUGUGAGACCUGAGAUUGGGAAGGUGAUGUACACCGACCAUAAGCAGGUGUCGGUGGCAGACUUGCCUGGCCUGAUAGAGGGCGCCCACAUGAACAGAGGGAUGGGACACCAGUUCCUCAAGCAUGUGGAGAGGACCAAACAACUCUUGUUCGUGGUGGACGUCUGCGGUUUUCAGCUGGCCAGCAGCACGCCGUUCAGAUCUGCGUUUGAGGCUGUGCAGCUGUUGAGUAAGGAGCUCGAGCUGUACAACAAGGAGCUGCUGUCCAAGCCUGCCAUCCUGGUUGUCAAUAAGAUGGAUCUGCCGGAGGCUGAGACCAAGUUCCGAGAGCUGGAGUCCCAGCUGGAGAAGCAGGAGGGGCUUGGUGAUCUGCCUGAGAACAUGGUCCCUGUCAGCCUCCCCCAUUUCAAACACACCGUCCCCGUCUCUGCCCUGAAUGGCCUCGGACUUCCCCGCCUGAAAGACCUCAUCCGCCAGUCACUGGAAGAGCAGAACGCCAUGGAGGCGGAGAGACCGCAUGCAGACAGGCUGCGGGAGCUGAGAAGGGAGGUCCCGGUGGUUGCCCGCCCAGUCUGGGGGGAGGCCCACUCAACCUCCGAGCCCUCCUAGACUGCUGGAUGGGACGUCAAUGUGGUGGUUGAGAACUUUGGUCAUCCUGAAUGUAAGCUGUCUUCUCUACGCUGUUUAUUUUGGCCUUUGCUUGGUCAAGCAAAGGCCUGUAGAUACACUGCCUGUGUAACACCGCAGGGAAAAGAUAAUGUUUCACUGAAGCCUGGAUUUGGUUUCUCAGGCUGAACUGUUCCAGCAGAAGGUGGUCUGUGGUUUUAAGCCUCCAUUUCAGUGGGUUUGUUCAGGUUUUCUUUUUCCUUAACAGGCCUCAGGUGAUCUAGUACCCCAGACAGACUCUGAAAAUAGCUUGACCCUCUUCAGAACUGUAGGGUCUGGGGACAUCAGACAUGUGUAAUGGAGUGAAGAGGCCAGAUGAGUGAUGAUAUUUAUGACUUUAAUAUGCUUUUACAUUUGUAAUUUGAUCAAUAAACCACAUUGUUAAAAACUG